UUGAGGUUUCGGACCGCUGCUGUAAUCACCAUCGCGCUCGGACGAAUCGGAGGUGGGAAGAAGCAGUUGGAGUUGGAGUCGAAGUGCAUUAGCAAAGUUGUUUUUGACUUGAGCCUUGCCAGAGGGCUUGAUUACUAUACUGGAGUCAUAUACGAGGCUGUCUUCAAAGGAACUACACAAGUUGGUUCGAUUGCGGCUGGUGGGCGUUAUGACAACCUUAUCGGCGUGUUUGGCACCAAGCAAGUCCCUGCUGUUGGAGUCAGCCUGGGGAUCGAACGUGUGUUUGCUAUAAUGGUGCAGGUUCAGAAGGACAUGAACCAGGUAAACAAAGUUGCAUAG